AUGGUUAAGACUAAAGGGUAUGGUCUAUCUCGUAAUGAUAGUAUAGGUGGUAUGGGAUAUGGUGCUAAUCAUAUGGGUAGACAAGAAGAGGAAACUAUUGAUAAUAAAAGGAUAAAACAAAUGAGAAUGCAAUAUUGUACAUUAUCACAUGUCUUAUUAUACAAGAAACCUGUAGUAGUGUGUCGAAAGGGUUAUAUGUAUUCUAAAGAAGCAUUAUAUACAGCAUUACUGGAUAAGGGUGGUUCCAAUAAGAAAAAGAAAAAAAAUAAUGAAAGUGAUAUACUACCUAAACAUAUCAAGAAGAUUAAAGAUGUACGUACUGCUAAUAUUGAAUGGAUUGAUGAUGAAGAUAUGUCCAAAGAUAGGCAUUGUACUUUCCGUUGUCCUGUUACUCGUAAGGAUCUUGAUGAUGGUUCAACAUCGGUGCUCCAUAUGAUCCAUCUAAAGGGUGAUGUUAUCACUCUAGCUCCUGCUACUACAGUAAUGGGAAUAUAA